UAAUGAUGUAAAGCAGUACAGGCUGCAGUCAGCGGGUAAACUGAAGCAGUGUAACUGUAAAGAGAUACUCCAGCUCUCCACCGGCAGGCUGUUGUGCGCAGCGGCCGCGCGCGUCUCAUUAACAGGAUCAUUUUACAAGCGUCAAACAAACAGUGUCCCAAUCUGUCCGGAGUUAAAGUCAGAGCCGGGCGCAGACGGGUGGAGUGAAGUGGAGGAUUUCAGACCCGAUCAGCAGCUCACACCGACUGAAGGAGAACAAACAUGCCGAGGUCUUUUCUGGUGAAGAGUAAACGGGCCCACAGCUACCACCAGCCCCGCUACCUGGACGAUGUCUGCAGUGGGCUGGAUUCGAUCCUGGCUCAAGCGUGCGUGGAGACCAAAUCUCAGGCGGAGAACUUGGAGCCGCAUGAGGAUGUGAGCGCCGGCGCAGACAGUCUGUCCCCCGGGUCCCGGCUGCUGUCUCCGGGGUCGCUGUCCUCCAGCUCCCCGCUGAGCUGUGAAGGCAGCGUGUGUGACCGAUCCCCCGACUGUGAUUUCUGGCGUCCCCCGUCUCCCUCCUCGUCACCAGAUUCAGAGAAGUGCUCCACUCCAGCAGCGGAGGACGGUCACCACUUCAACAUCCCCCUCUUCCCUUACUCCUGGUCGGCAUACACCGGCUCCGAGCUGCGGCACCUGGUCCAGAGACCCUACCACCACCACCAGGGCCACAGAGAGCCGAACUCACCCGUCAGCAUCUAUGGACCAGAGGACAGCGGCACCGAGCAGCUUUACGCACAGCGAGGUCCUGUGGCCGGAUGCUACCAGGAUUAUCCCUCAACGGCCCAACACAUCCGCAGGAUGCGGGACACAGAGGAGCUGUAUGUGGAUGUAAAGCAGAAGCCCCCAAGUGCGGAGAUCAAGUCUGAGAACGAGUUAAUCUGCGCCCACUUCGAGUCCGAUGGAUCAUACAAGUGCAUUAAAUGUUACAAGGUGUUCUCCACACCUCACGGUUUGGAGGUUCAUGUGCGACGGUCGCACAGCGGGACGCGGCCGUUUGAGUGCGGGAUCUGCGGGAAAACCUUCGGCCACGCGGUGAGCCUGGAUCAGCACAGAGCGGUUCACUCCCAGGAGAGAAGUUUCAGCUGUAAAAUCUGCGGCAAAAGCUUCAAGCGCUCCUCCACACUGUCCACGCACCUGCUCAUCCACUCGGACACGCGGCCUUACCCGUGCCAGUACUGCGGGAAGAGGUUCCACCAGAAGUCAGACAUGAAAAAACACACUUUCAUCCACACAGGAGAGAAGCCGCACAAGUGCCAGGUGUGCGGGAAGGCCUUCAGUCAGAGCUCCAACCUGAUCACGCACAGCAGGAAACACACGGGCUUCAAACCGUUCGGCUGUGACUUGUGCGGGAAAGGCUUCCAGAGGAAAGUGGACCUGAGGAGACACAAGGAGACGCAGCACGGACUGAAAUGAACUCAUGUCGACGCUUUAUCAAAUCCUGCACUUUUAAUAUAUUGACCAUACAAAUGGAUGAUCCUGAUUUAUUUUAUUCUAUUUUAUUUCACUGUUUGUUGCAUUUUCCCCUUUUCCUUAAAAAAUGUAGUUCAUUAUUUAGCCUGAGAUAUUCUGAUUGGUUUUAUGGAAAUUAACUUUAUUUAUCGAGUGUUUUUAAAUUAUUAAUAUUAAAAAGUAGAAUAGUUUUAAAUGUCCACAUUCUUUAAAAUUAAGAAUUAAGCUGUUUAAAUGUUGUCAAUGUAUGUUGAGAAAUUGAAAAUUAACUUCUGAAGAAAAUGUUUAUCAUAAUUUAAUAGUUUUUAAGUUUCGACCGACAGUAACACAUUAAAAAAACUGAAUACAUUUAUCCAAAA